CAGGAAUAGAGAAAUGUACUGGGGGAAGCCAACCUUUACUGAAGGACCCACAGCCUGAAACCUGGAGCCUCUGACAUCUUGUUCUUGUGCCUGCAUAGAGCCUCCAAGUCUGGUCCUUGGCAACCACUGCAACAUCUUAUUUCCACUGGUAAGCCAGUAAACUGGGACAGGAGUAAGGGACACUCUUUAAUUUUUCCAUCAGAUCUCGUCUUAAGUAUCUUUUUGUCUGACUUGUCAAAUAUGUGAAAGAGCUAGAAACGUGCCAGGCAGAACUGCAGCGUGUUGCUGUUAACACUCAGCAGUUACAUCAUUCAGACCCGAAUGCUGUGUUAUUUGAUGGUUUCCCCUGCAAGAUGAAGAGGUGGCAAAGCAGUAGAGUUUGAAAACACACAGCAGAAAAGAUACAAAUCAACAGCAAUUAAGAGGGUUAAAAGAAAGAGAGAGAAAAAGAAAAAAACAAACCCAACAGUCAAAUCCCCUUUCAUGUGUCCAGCCUGUUUACAUCCUGUGCUAGAAUAACGCUGAUCUGACUCACUGCUGCCAUUAAUGAAGUUUACACCUCUGGCUGAGCACAUUAAUUUAUCUCAGCAAGCCGAAGCUCAUUAUAAGAGUCCAUAAAUGCUAUCAGAUGCAAGCAGCAUCCUUCAGCAAUCUCAGGGAUUAAAGCAAGGAGGCAUUCAACUGACAAGUCUUCUGCUGGCAGGACUGCAGUCGGAGCACGUGUGGUACGGGAAGCACAAUACCUCUAUUACGGCUCUGGAUUUCUCUGUACGGAGAAAGUGACCUGGAGCCUCUGCAACACUCCUCUGGAGGUGAGCGGCCCCCUUCCCCCCCGUUCUUAGGACACUUCUUAGGAUUCAUCAGGCCUAGCAGCAGCUGAAGGGACAUGGGAGGGUCUGGAGGACUCCAGAGCUUGGCUGCAGACUGAUCCCUGCGCAGGGAGCGAGAUGCUCCUCGGAGGGGCAGGGACUGGCAGCACCAAAGGCAAAUAAAGACGGUCAGGGUGGGAGGAGGGAAAUGGCUGAUUCUCUGAUUCUGUCCCCUUGCAUGUGGAAACAUCCUCGUCACACGCCUCCCCUCCCACACUGCAUCCAGCUACUUGAAAUGCAGCUUCCAGCCGGCGCUGGCCUUGCCCUGGCUUUGCUCUGGGUGCAGGCAGUGCAGGAUGCGCAUGAUCCUGCCCAUUGCGCCCCUUCUGCCAGCACCAGCGGCUCCCAGCACCGCUGCUGCGGGCUACAGGGGAGCCCGGCUGCUCCCCAGCUGAGAGGCUCAGAGGGAACAGCUUCUCCAGCAGUAGGAGUGAUUUGCACCACCUUUGUGUUUGAAACCACUCGUCAAAAUGAAGUAUUUUCAGUUUUGCAGUUCUUUUUCACAUGGCGAGUGGUGGAGGGUGGGAAAUGAACCGAAAUGAACUCUCAAAACUUCAGCUUCUUUUCCAUUUAAUGUCACACAUGAAUUGCAUAUCACGAACACAAAUUGGGCUUUUCUUUUCAAAGUCUUCCUUCCAGCAAGCCCAGCACUGUGUGGCAGCGGCAGGGGCUGGGUGCGGGUGAGGCUCUUGGGCUCAGCACCCCGCUGUGUCUCAGCACCACACUUGCUUUUCCUUGCAGAGCAGCCCACAUCCCUGGGGUGAGCCCAGGGAAUGCCGUGCGUCUGGCACGACCCUUGAGCUGCAGCAGUUCUCUGUGGUGCAGAGAAAACCAUCUCUCCUUGCAAGACACGCACCGUGCCCUAUGGUUACCUCGUCCCUGAAAGCCACAAUGAGCACACUGAGGGGAAGUUUGUGCAUUUUCAGCAAGGGAAGACAUGCUGUCCAAAUGAUCAGCUCCUCAUGGGUGCACAGCAUGUGGAUGUGCUAAGCCUGUAAUUUAGGGACUGCCAUUGUCAGUAAAUUAUUGAUGCUGCGGUGGAAGGUUGAAGUUAAGGAGAGGGAUUGUCAUUUCACAGGAUUUCUCCAAGGACCGCAGUGGAAAAGGUGCCUGCCUCCAGAGGAGGACAUGGUGGGAUGCUGUUCUGUGCACACCAGGAAACUGGCCUCGCGCCAGCCGCUUACUCGUGCUGCACAUCCUCAGCCUCUACAGCUUGGGUUUGUGCAGGGGAAGAUGCUGAAGCAUCCUCAGCAGUGUUCUCUGUGGGAAUGACAUGCUGUGCUGGGAGGGUUUCUUCAGUCUGCUGUCACCAUGAGGGCUCAUGUUCACUGAGCAUCAGUUACCACUUGGCAAUCACCUCCAUUGUCUCUGUGAUCAAAACAGCAGCGCAGGGAACUGUGGCUGUGAGUGGCAGGUACGUUUGAGGGGUUGUGUCAUAUUUCUUCUACCUGCUGCUCUACCUGUCAAAUCUAAAUGUAAUUUACUGUGAUACAGGCACGGUGUCAUCCAGGAGGCACAGCAUUCUUGUAUGUGUGAUGCAGCUGUGAGAUCUCAUCUGUGUGCAUCCCAACACUGCCAACAUAGGCGAGGCAAAGGCAGAACAAAGGCAGGAGGACUCUUUCUCUUGAGUUCCCAACAAACCCAGGCAGGCAGAUCAAGGCACUGUCAGCCUCUGGCCCAGGGGCACCCAGGCUGCCUCGACAGGCGAAGGGAGGCUUUUGUGGGCUUGGCGCUGCUGGAGUCCAUCCUGAGUGAGCCCUGGGGCAAAGGCCAAGCUCCCACAGGCAGCUGCCUCCAGACCCACCACGGCUUUGUUAUCUCCUGCCUGUUUCUUUUUCGGUUGCUUGAGAGGAGAGGGAUUGUUAGAGGCCCUGCUCCAGCUCUCGGAGCAUCUCCGUGGCCCCCUCUGGACUCGCUCCAACAGCUCCACGUCCUUCUUUAUCUGUCUUUAGUUCCUAGAGCUCUACUUCAAAGCUCUACUAGAGCUCUUUCGGACUGGAGCUCUACUCCUCCCUCUUGUCCGUGAGCAGUGCGUGCCUCGUGUCCACUACACGCAGCCAUUUCAGGGCUACCAGCAGAGAGCUGUUUAUUAACCCUCCCUGCCAGUGACAGCCGUUACAGUAAUUGCGGCAGUGUCUCGGCCAGACGCCGCUCCAGCUGAACGGGUGUCCCCAGAGGAAUCCAGCCCUUCAGCUGCUCGAAAGGCUCCACCAGCACAACCGCACGCCCCGCCCCGCCCCGCCCUCGGCCGGGCCCCGGCUUUUCGCCACCCGCCACCGCCCCGCGCCCGCAUCCGCUCCCGCAGCUCCGCUCCGCCAUGUCCGCUGAACCGGCCCCGGCCGCCGCCGCCGCCCCCGAGCCGGCCCCCGGCCCCGAGCCGCCCGCGGGCGGCGAUGAAGCGGCCGAGCACCGGGCGCUGGUGCUGACGGGCUUCGGCGGCUACGAGAAGCUGAAGGUGCAGUUGCGGCGCUGCAGCAGCCCGGGGCCGGGCGAGGUCUCGGUGCGCGUCCACGCCUGCGGCCUCAAUUUCGCGGACCUGCUGGCGCGGCAGGGGCUGUAUGACCUGCCGUCGCCGCCCGUCUGCCCCGGCAUGGAGUGCGCCGGCGUCGUCCGCGCCCUCGGCGAGGGCGUCCGCGACCGACAGGUUGGUGAUAAGGUGAUGAUCCUGGCUAAGUCAGGGCUCUGGCAAGAAGUGGUGAACGUUCCAGCCCGUCAGACUUUCCUGAUGCCUCCCGGGAUGAGCUUCGAGGAAGCGGCUGCUCUUCCUGUCAACUACAUCACUGCCUACAUGGUCCUGUUCGACUUUGGAAACCUGAGACCCAACCAAAGUGUCCUCAUCCACAUGGCUGCAGGUGGUGUGGGAACUGCUGCCAUCCAGCUGUGCAAGACUGUAGAAAACGUCACCAUUUUUGGCACAGCGUCUGCCUCCAAGCACGACGCGCUCCGGAGCAGCGGAGUCACUCACCCCAUUGACUACAGAACCACGGAUUACGCAGAGGAGGUCCGGAAAAUCUCUCCCAAAGGUGUUGACAUUGUCCUGGACCCCCUCGGAGGAUCUGAUACAUCCAAAGCAUUUAACUUGCUGAAGCCGAUGGGCAAAGUCAUCAUUUAUGGGGUAGCAAACGUGCUCACUGGGCAGAAGAAGAGCCUUAUAGCUAUGGCUAAAACCUGGUGGAACCAGUUCAGCAUCAAUGCCUUGCAGCUCCUACAUCAUAACAAGGCUGUGUGUGGCUAUGACCUUGGAGCCAUGGAUGAAGAAUUUGAGCUCCUUGGAAGUGUUAUAUCCAAGCUGGAUAACCUGUACCGUCAAGGCAAAAUCAAGCCCAAAAUAGACUCUGUAUGGCCUUUUGAUCGGGUGGCAGAUGCCAUGAGGCAGAUGCAAGAGAAGAAGAAUGUUGGAAAGGUCAUCCUGGUUCCUGAAGCACCCAAGGAAGAAUCCAAAAAAGAAGAGAACUAAGGAGAAGAGAUGUGUGCAGAUCGUGAAUUCGUGGGUUAACUCCUCGAUCUCUUUGGGACCUGGAAAUGGACAGAUCAGUAGCUUCCAGAACAUCGUGGUUAAGGUUCAGCUGAGGUUUGCAUGCUUUCAUUGUGACUGACCCCCUGCCCUCGCUGUCUGGUUUGAAGCCUGCUUAUUUCACUUGUUUCUCUACUGAAUUUCCCAACUAACCUCCCUGGCAGUGCAGCUGAAGCUGCCAGCAGUUGGUGGUGAACAACUGCACAGCCCAUCACUGUAGAGUCAAGGUGCAACGUGCUGUAGGAACUGCCAAGCGUCUCCACAGAACCUGGUCCUGCUGAAGCAUUUGCACUGUCAUUUGUUCAGCAGAAGGGGCCAGACUUGGGAGGUUUCCUCCACAGCCAGAGCAAAAGCAGAGCUGCCCCAGUUUCAUUCUAGCACUGGCUAUUCUCUUUACACUAACCACACUCUUCCCUCUGCUUUCGUAGGCCUCUAACACCAGUCAGUUCAUAACAGGCCGUGUUGUCUUUGCCUUGUAAAUAACCAUCCUGGCAUUCUGAAGUCUAGAGCAUCUUGCACUUCAUUUGCAGUCACUUCUCUCUGCAGUCAGCAAUAACCUGACAGGCUGGUCUGUGUCAGAAUACAGACAGAUAUAUUCUGUGUGUAUUCUGUCUGAAUACAGAAUAUAGGUAAGUUGAUCUUGUCCAUUUUCUGAUUCCAAACUGUAUAGGGAGAUCUAAAUUGUGUCUGAUUUUUAGAGACCAUAAGGACUCAACUGUGUCUCAAAUGACUGGAACAAUUGAUGUUGGCUCUGUGCUUUAUUAAUGUUGGGCUCCAAGCUGGUAUUGUUAAGGCUAAAGUUCACCCUCGUGUUUGUGUUUCUAAGGGCUGCAGUGUUGAAUCAGACUUUAGCAAGAUGGGAACAAAACAAGCCCUUUAAUGCUUGUUUUCUGUUGUGCGCUGGGGAGGGGCUGCAGUUUGGGAAGUAACUUGCAAGAACCAGUCCUGUAAGCUGCUUCCCAGGAGCCUGGGCUGGCUCUUCUGAGGCGUGCUGCUCAGUGAAGCUAUUGCCAGGUUACUGCUGUAGAUGGUAGACAGCCCAGCUCUGCCAAACCUCUUGGCCUGGGCUUCUUGAGCAGUUGAAAUAGUGCUUUCCAUCCUCUUCUUGCUAGCUCGAUAGGUAUCCACUCGAACCAGCUCUCAGCUCGUGAUUCAGUGCUGUGGCAGGGCUUGAUGACUCUUCCUCUGAAACUGCAAGUCAUGGGACUCUUGGGCUCUCUUCCAACACUGAGGGUUCAGGAGCUGCCUGGGGUGCUCCUCCCAGGCCAGAGCUCCAGUUUGUCUUUUCUUUCUUCCGUGGAUUUGGAAAUGGAGCCGUGCAGAGCGCCGAGCCCAGUCCUGUGAGCACUUAUCAUCCUGGGUGAUGCUUGUUCUUCCUGCUGGACCCUGUUUUCAGCCCGGAGUGACUGGGGGUGCAGUUUGUGCCUGCUUUGAGGCUGUGCCGUGGACUGUAGGUGCUGCAGGCUUUCAGGCUUCAUUUUGGGUUUGAAAAGGUAAACCUGAGGGCACCAAGAAGAGCUGCCCAUUGUGGCAAACCCUUUGCUACCAAGAGUCCUGCUUACCCAAACCCCAAAGAGAGGGCGAAGGACCCCGUAUGCUCAAGAGCAGCACCAUGCAGGGCUGGGGUUCCUGUGCAGGUGAAGAGGGUCCAGCUCUAUUCUCCAGCAGGGCUCCUGUUUGUCAGUCUUGUAUUGCAGGUGCUUAGGCCCCAGUUCUUCAGCAGCGCAUAGGCACAGCCUCUGGGGGUCCUGCCCUGGCUCUGCUGCUGCUGAACCAAUACCUUGAGACCAAAUGAAAGCUGCUGUUCAGUUAAAGCUCCAUCACCUGCAGAUUUGGGGUAUCACAUGGAUUUGUCACUACACUUCUGACUCAAGAAUUAAUUCUUAAGAUUUAUGGCCAGUGCUCCAAAAUGUGCAGUCACUCACCUAACAAAGGGAGGGCUUUCACCUUGAGGAGCUUCCUUGGAUGCAUCCUGAGCCGAGGGGAGAGUCCUUGGCUGCAGGCCCUCUGCUCCAAGCAGGACCAGCUCAGAAUGCUUCUCUGGCAGGGCUCCAUUUAUACCCCAGUCAAAUCUGAGCUGUGGUAGCCCCCCUUGCCUGAGGACCCCAACUUCCUCACUUUGUACCUGUUGCCCACCACCAUGGGGGCAUGACAGGAGCUGUGGUGGGAAGGCUUCAUGGGUUUUGUUUGGCCUCUGCCAUGGUGGGAGCUGUUAGAACAACCCUAUUCCCUUGGAGCUCAGAGGAGAAUGGAGCCUGUCACAGAUCCUUGUCAGUCCAUCUCUUGCACUCGAUACGUGAACUUCACAAACAUGGUCUAAUGAAACUCACAAGCACAACUUUUAACCUUUCUGAAUCCGAAAUCUUGCUGCUUCUCCUUUCAAGCUGCCCCCUCAUGCUAAUUUAGAUUCAAUCCAACAGUGUCUAAUGCUGCUUUACCAGGUCUGACAACAGGAGGACUGUCUAAAUUGCUGGCAUGGGAAGUCUGGACCUGUUCCUCUGGGAAACUGGACUUCACCUUGAUGAAGGAGCAGUGUGCUCACACAGCACAGCCCUGCACACCUUCAGGUUCUGCACGCUUGUAAAGGGGAACACUAUCCAACUGUGUGUCACAGUAACAUCCUCUCCUUGCUUUACUCUCGGCCAAGCGCGUGCUCAGUGCCUUACUUGGAUGCUCUUGGAUCAGGCAGCAUAGAAAGGCUCUCGCAGUCUGUCCCUCCCGAUGCAGCUUCCCAUAGGACACCUCUGCCGCGCUGCCUUGUGCUGCACCUCAGAAAACAGCAUCUCGGUGCCUUCUUCUACAUGCCUGUAAGGACUAGGAAGUCACUGGAGCCUUUUCCAUUCUGGCCUUUCAAAGUAUUGCCAAAAACCUGUUAUGACUUUUGCUAGCUCUGUUCUGUGAACACUAGUGGUGUAGUCUGACUUGCCGUGGAUAAGACGCUCCCUUUCCAUGUGUUACAGCCUUUCCAGGCUGUGGUUCUGUGCUCCCCAGUCCAGAAGAGCUCAGUAGAGCCCUUGUGUCCACCAGGGCAGCUGCUCGGCUCCAGCCAGUCCUUGAGCGAGGCUUUAUCUGCUGCCCUGGAACCAAUCCCAGCUCCUGACUCCCUUCCCGUGGUUGCUCAUGUGUCCUCUCUACACAUUCCUGAAGCCCUUAUCAGGGCCAGAGUGCUGAGCAGUUACUAUUGGUUAGUGUUUAGCACUGUCUGUUUUGUGUCCCUUGGUAGCAACAGUGUUUUCUACAGAAAGCCAAGAUUAAGUGUAACCUUGCUCUCCACUGCCUCACUGACAGUGCUCUCCUCUAUUGGUUGUGGUUGGUUGUUUUUAGUUUGGGUUGGUUUGGUUGGGGGUUUUUUUACCUUAUUUUUUUAAUGGACGUUUUAUGGGCUGAGAAGUAUUGAACCAAUGUACAACAACUUCAAGUGUCUUAACUCCAUAAAGUUAACCAGCAGGUUUGUGUACUAAGGACCAAAGCAAAAACCAAACAAAACCCCAGGAUCAAAAUCAUUCCACUCACUGUUGCUUAAGUGUUUAGGGCAGAGUGAGGACACGGGUGUUCCCUGUGCUCAAAGGCCAGGUGCCAUUCCAGCUCUAACAAGUGCCAUUUAGUGUUUCUCUUGCUGGUUGCCUGAUCCAAAGGUUGUGGUGAGGUGUCCAAGUGAACAGCUCAUGGCAGGAGCAGCGUGCCUGGCCCUGCCCGCUGUGGCUGCCCAGCACAGGGGUGCCUGUGCGGUGCCACUUAUUGCAGGCGCCUUCCUAGACUGGUCUGGGACAAAAUGCAACCCCUUUGCUACCACCAGGCUGCUUCUGUCACGUUUUUGACUCUUUGGAUUCUCUUGGGCUCACCUGUGUUGCAGCUUCAGUUUGCAUAGAGGAGCGUGAGCCCUGCCAAAUACUUUUGAGCUGGAGGAGGGAGUUUAGCUGUACAUUUCAUUUUGGACAACGGUAUUAAACUAGAAUUGGUUGACCGGGGGGAGUAAGAAGCACUGUGGGCCUCAGGCUUUAACUGGUGCAGGAUCCUGACCCACCUACAGCUGCUGUCAGAGGUGUAAACCCACACUGUUGUCUAAUGAAGGCUCUAGUGUGCCAAGCCCUGGUGAUGGCAAAGUUGACUGGCAAGUAUUACACGAGCGUGAUGUGAAAUGCAUUAGACUGAGCCUCUCACACCAUCCGGUCUGGUCUGUGCUGUCCGAGUCGUGUUGAUUUGGAGUGUGACAUGAGUGAAAUGCAUCCUACAGCCACAUGGCAAAUCUUUGUAUUCCGCUUUGUGCGUGUAACCAAGUUGGACAGAAAGCAAUUGUGCCAAUGCUGUUUACAUGACUAUGCUGUGUAAUGCUUUUCUGUCUAAUGUUACCAUAUGCCUUAUGUGUUUCAAAUGUUAAUUAAAAGCAUAACAACCCA